GAGGUCGAAAGGCGCUAUUUGCAGACAGAACGAGAGGCCCUAGCGAUUAUCUGGAGCUGUGAGCAUUUCCACCUAUACCUCUACGGUAAUCAGUUUACCCUUGUGACUGACCACAAACCGUUGGAGCUGAUAUGGAACAACCCAAAGUCAAAGCCACCUGCCCGGAUAGAGCGAUGGGGACUUCGACUUCAACCCUACGACUUUAAGAUUGUCUACAGGAAGGGAGCUGACAAUCCUGCUGAUUAUAUGUCUCGACAUCCGCUUACAUCUCAGACUUCCAGAAACACGAGAGCUUCCAAGAUAUGCCAACUUCAUAUCGCAGUUGGCUACGCCCAAGGCAAUGAUGCUGGACCACAUCAAAGCAGAGACACUGAAAGAUGACAUUCUGCAACAGGUCGGUGCACAUAUUAAGAACAAUUCAUGGCACACAAUCACUGACAAAGUGCCGCAUGCUGUUACACUUCAGCAGUACAGACAUGUCAGAAAUGAACUCACACUGUCAGCAAGCGAGGACCUCAUACUCAGAGGCUGUAGAAUUGUAAUUCCAUCAUCUCUACAACGCCAUGUCCUUGAACUUGCUCACGAAGGCCAUCAAGGCAUUGCCAAGACAAAGGUAUUGCUCAGAGAAAAAGUGUGGUUUCCAGGCAUUGAUCAACAAGCAGAGACAAUCAUCAAAACCUGUCUAGCCUGUCAGGCUAACACUCCAGUCACCAGGACUGAGCCACUCAAAAUGUCCAAGCUACCGGAGUCACCAUGGCAUUCAGUAAGUGCAGAUUUCUAUGGACCUCUCCCAUCCGGAGAAUACCUGAUGGUGAUUGUAGAUGACUACACACGGUAUCCAGUAGUGGACAUUCUACAUGCAAUUUCGUCUAGUGUGGUGAUACCCCGCAUGGAUAACAUCUUCUCAAUGUUUGGGAUACCACGUGUCGUGAAGACAGACAAUGGACCUCCAUUUAAUGGUUCCCAGUUUUCCCAGUUUGCUCAACACAUGGGAUUCCAUCACAGAAAAAUAACACCACUUUGGCCACAAGCAAAUGCGACAGCAGAAAGAUUCAUGCGUACGAUUGGGAAGGUGAUUCGUAUCGCUCCGAUGCAAGGCAUCCCAUGGAAGCAACAAAUAAACAUCUUCUUACGUGAGUACCGAGCUACACCACACUGCACGACAGGAAGAUCUCCGGCCGAGUUGAUGUUCCAACGACGCAUGAAUACAAAGAUACCAUCAGCCUGCUCAGCAACCAUUAGUGCUGAUGAAGAAGUGCGUAAAAGGGACACUGAGGAAAAAGCCAAAAUGAAGUACCGUUCUGAUGAGCAACGACAUGCAGCACCAUCUUACAUCAAGCCAGGUGACAUUGUGCAAGUUCACAACACCGUACAGCAAGGAACCCCUCACAGUCACUAACGUGAAAGGCUCCAUGGUGACAGCUGAACGGAAUGGCCAUACCAUCACUAGGAACAGUUCGUUCUUCAAGAAGAUCCAUCCCAUGGCGCAGCAAGACCAACUGCCACCACUCGACUACGACCUGGAUCCUGAUCCUAAUGAUGGCAAUGAUCACCCAGAACCAGCACCUACAUCGCCUAGAUAUCCAGUCAGGCAGCACAGGCAUCCUCCAGCCUAUCUGCAUGACUAUUUUAGUGUUCUCGUGAGACGUGUAGAAACGCCACUCAACACCAAGCCAAACCGGAGUCAAUGAAGAGAACGUCGUUGUAAGCUUGACCAUUUACUUUUGACAAUUCUUCAUAGACAAGAUGGUGAAAAACUAAAAAGAACAAAGAGACACAAACACACUUAAUGUCUCUGUACAUAUUUGUCAACAAUGACAUAUGAAAAUGUAACUAUAAUGUCCCAAAAUGUCCAGCAGAGGGAGACUCCCGUCUGUCUGAAUGACUUGAACACAUUGUAUCUAGUUCGACAAUUAUAUUUAACAUAUCGGCACUAUUACACUUUUUAACGUGUCUGACAUGUUAACUUAUUAAAGACAACUUACGGCAUUGCUUCUUCGCCGCUUUGUGUAGAAAGAAAGAAAGAACCACAGAAGACCGCAACAUGUAUGACUUGCUUUCGAACGAAGUCGACCAACCGGAAGUAAUUUAGCGGAAGUGACAUCAUCUAACUGCUGUUUACCGAUUAUAGCAUAUACAAUAAAUAUAAACAACUUUAGCUCCAAAUUAAAGCCUUGCAGUCUAUAAUACGGAAAAUAUUAUCAAGUAAUUAUGUAAAGAAUAUUAACAAUUGACUUUAGGACAACACAACUAUGAAUGGACUGUUUAGAGUUACGGAGACACGCAAAGAAAAUAUAUCCUUUCAAUAUCUUGUUUAGCCAGGUUGUGUUUAUGAAUGUUUAGCAUAUGUUCUGCAUCAACCAGUGUAUGCAAUGUGAAAUAUGAUGUUGAUAUUUUGAGUGUCCACACUUGUGAUUUCAAGGUACUUGUCAACUUGACUCCUCAACUGGAGAUAACUUUCUAGCACCUCACCAUGGGGAAGGAUGUAUUCAUAUGCCUUCACCAGCACAUGCAUUUAACAUGCAGAGAGUUACACAAGUUCUUACCACCUUGGGGCACCAUUCAGGGUGCCUUUUCAUCUGAUUAAAUUUAUAAUGAACAGGGACAUUGCGGUUGUCCCAAGUGGAUGGUAUGAUGAUAGGAUGGUUUUCUGGCCCAGCUAUAAAAACACCGACAGAAUUGAAAGGGCCGCUUUAAAUGAGGAGCAGCAUGAGCCAAACUGGCCAAGAUUUGACGUUUCUGUUGUCCGAACUUGUGACAACUACAAAGACGCAUUAAAAAUAAUGCAACAAUAUGGAAAGGGCUGCAACACCUCAGACCUGCAAUCUGAGGCAGAGAACGAGGAGCUGCCAGAAAAAAGGAACAGGAAGCCAGUCCAUCGUCUCGGGGACUCAGAUGAUAGCGAAGAAGACCCGGGAAAUAGUGACCUCACAUCUCUGGGGUUGGCAAGCCAAUUGCACAGGCAGAGUAAGGAAUAAUCUCUUAACAUCGAAAACAACAAAACCACCACAUUAAUAUUAAAGAUAUGGUUAACAUUCUUAGUGCUAAAGAUAUUCCCCUCUCCUUGUAUCCC